ACCCGGAUGUUGCUUUCACUAGUGAUACACAUGUCGAUGCAAACACAGUCGUGUCGCCUCUAAAAUGGAAUUAAACACCAAGAAAACGAGUUCCCAGGCUCUGCUGUCAUGUGGGAACGGAGAAGGUUUCAGUGAGAAACUUCGCCUCAAGCCAACAGCUGGCAGACCGCUCCAGACAGAGAGGGUCCCGAGAAGCAGUGUGUUUGAGCGGCUGCAGAGCUUCCUGCCUCAGAUGGCCGAGGCCAACGAGAAGCUGAAGCAGCAGAUGGAUGAAGCUCCUGCUGGACACUUCGACAUUGAGAGUGUGGAGGAGGCAGAGAGGGUCAUAGAGAUGGAUGUAGCGCUGGUGGAGCUCAGCGGGUCAGACAGCGACUCCGAAGAGGAAGAGGAGGCUUCAGACUCUGAGGAGGACACGGAGUCUGAGGAGGAAAACGAGGUCACAGAACAAAACCUCAAACUACCUGGAGGUAAAAGCACGAAGAAAAAAGCCAACAUCCAGGUCCUUGAUCAACAAGGAGUGUAGAAAUGUGGCCUCAAAGACUUUUGGGCUGGAUAUUGUGAUUCUUUCACCUCUGAGGUAAUGCGGGUUAAAUAGACCAGUGACUGACUGUCCUCAGUCUGCCUCAGAUGUGGAGGGAGUUUAACCCACUGCACAGAGACAGAGAACAGGAAGCUCCUGUGUGGAGGGAUGCAAAUCUUCCUAAUCCCUAUGGGAACAGUAAAUAUCAUUUUGUACAUUUGGUGGUUAUAGCUGCAAAAGUGCCUUUGGAGUCUGUCCAUCAGCUGAGCUCUCAUUGUACAUGAAGUGUUUUGGUGUGACACUGUGAAUCACCUUGUUUUUGGCCAUUUCAUGAGCUUCUACACAGUCAAUUUAACCUCCAAACUAUUUGUGCUUUCAUGUGAUAUUCUGGAGAAGGACGGGUUACCAGGGAAGUUUCAUGAGGUAAAUGGCAAUGACAAUAAAGCCCCGUACACAUAGCCUGCUACAUCCACUUGUAUUGAUUCUUCUAGGAUGUUCGCAGAUAAUGACUAAAUGUCAUGUUGUUUGGUUCUGAUAUGUCAGAAAGUUUAAAUCUUUUGCUCAUAGCGUUGCAAAGUAUAUUUGAUUUGUACAGCCCGAUUCAUAAAAAAGUUGUGAUGCUGUCUAAAACGUUAAUAAAAAGAAGUUGGAUCAUUUGCUUAAUCAUUUUUGACAUAUGUUAAAUUCAAUAUCUGUUCAAAUGAAAAUGUAGAAAGGCCUCAUACUUAAUCUUUAAACUGCUAACUUUUUUAUUGUAAAUAUACAGCCAUAUUUUUGGCUAUAUGAACAGUAUGCAGUGGUGGAAAAAGUAUUCAGAUCCUUUACGUAAGUAAAAGUACUAAUACCACACUGUAGGAUUACUCCACUACAAGUAAAUG